GGUGGCCCCGUUUAAGAGGUGGAUGAGUGAUCGCCGCGUGCAAUGAUCCUCAACUGUAAUGUUGUCUUGAAGUCGUUGCAUGGAUUGAGGCGUGCAUCUGCGAAUCGAGGGAUCUUACCAAGUGCAUGGAUGGCUCUGGCCCAGGCGUCAACGCGGUUGUGGCGCAACGGAAGUUGUGGGGUCAAAGUGGGCGUGGCCUAACAUGAGACCCAGGUCGCCGUCGUGGAAGAAAGGAACAAUCUGGCCACCAUGCCACCGUGCCACCUGCGGUGUAGUCGCAUAUAGGCUGGCAUACGUUGACGCACGACAACGUCACGCAUGCCCUGUGCCCCGUCUUGUGUUGGACAUGGGGGACGGGGAGACCGAGUGGCGGUCGAAGGUCAAGAGGGAUGGGGGACGAAGUGGCACCCUGGCCGGCCUUAUAUCAUGCGGGUCUGUGGGUCCAUGUUUGGUCAACCAAACAACCAUUGUCGGCCAUUCCGACUCAGCCUUUUGUUCUCUCGAUUUGGACCGCCUUGUGCCACUCGUUCUUAUCUAUCGGCUAAGGCUGACAGAAGCACGGACAGCGUGGUGGGCGGUGCGCGCCAUCAUCAUGGGUUCUGUGAGCCCGGCGACGGCUUGUUUUCUGCGGUGCAACGCUGCUUCGCAAGUGGACAAGAGCAUGGUCGACUCGUCUUGGCGGCUUUAUCUGUGAGUCGACUGUACUGAUGGAAUAGUCCCUGUGGCAGCGGGCGGCCAUAGUCAGAGCCCGCUAUCUGUGCUCGCUGGAGGCCAGGACAGGGUCCGCAAGGGCCGGUUGCAUCCAGUCGCGAAGAUCCAC